GGGAGAGGGACUGCGAACGCUUCACUGUUUGAUACAGAGAACUGCUGGAGCACAGCUUGGAGAGAAUGAAGUGUUUGGGAGGAAUUAUAUUUCUAGCACUCGCCGUCCCAGGCGCGCUGGGUUCGGUGGAGGUGUCUGUCCCUGAGCAGUUGGAUGUUGAGGUGGGACAGCCAGUGCGGAUCCCCUGCACCCACACCAUCACCGGGUCCAAGAGCAACGUGAUGGUGGAAUGGUUCAUCAUAAAUAAACUCGGAGAGCGACAAAGGAUUGCAUUUAAGGAUGCAACAAGCAGCGUGACAGACCCAGACACGGGUUACAGUGACCGAGCCACCAUGGACAGCGACUAUACCCUCUCUAUCAGUCAGGCCGAGCUGAUGGACGAAAGGUCCUUCCUGUGUCAGGUCAUCGCUGGAGCAGCGGGCAGUCAGGAGGGCAAGACGGAGCUGAAAGUCUACGAUGCCCCCGAGCAGCCUGAGGUGGAAUAUAAUCGAGCCAGCCUCUCAGUGACCGAGCAGCAUCCGUCGGAGAUUGGCACUUGCACCAGCAGAAAUGGAUACCCAGUGCCCUCGAUCGUCUGGUACAAAGAUGGAGUCUCGCUACCAACAGUCACCAAUCACAAUAACAAAAUGUACAUGACCCCUCGCGUUGUUAAGGAGGCCAGUGGACUGUACACAGCGACCAACAAACUCUACCUGAAGCUGUCCAAGGCAGAUAAGGACUCGCGCUAUCACUGCCAGGUUCACUUUCAGAUGAUGAACGGCAGGAAACACACCCUGGACUCCGAGGACUUCCAGAUCUCCCUGUACUACCACACAGAGGUCGUGACCUUUAAGCUCAUUUCGGCCGCCAUGAUCAAGGAAGGUGAUGAUGUCACGCUCCAGUGCUCAGCGGAUGGCUUUCCUCAGCCUGACUACACCUUCUAUAAGCUUGAGGAUGGUGAGGAAGUAGACCUUCGCACAAACAAGGAUGGCAUCCUGCGCUUAAAGAACAUAACCAAGCAGCAAAGUGGAAAAUACCAGUGUGAGGCUCUGGACUUUGAUGCUCCCCCUGAGGUGGAAUUGAAAAAGGAUCUCAGCAUUCACGUGAAUUAUCUGGAUCCUCUGGUGCUCAACCGCAAGGGACCGAUCACUGUGCAUCGGGGGGAAGAUGUGCAGGUUUCGUGCAUCACACAAGGGUCUGCGACCCCAAAGAUCACGUGGAGAAAGGGCGAGGAGCAACUCUCCCAUUCCGGGACCCUCAAGUUGGAGAAGGUGAGCUACAAAUCCAGUGGGACAUAUGUGUGUGAGGCCAGUGUUCCCUCCAUCCAUGGCCUCAUGAAAACCCAAAAGCUGGAGGUGGUUGUCGAAGGGAAACCAUCUCUGCACAACAACCCGUCCAAGGUGACUGUGGAGAAGGAAGGGGACAGCGUCACGCUGACCUGCACUGCCUCCGGGCACCCGAAACCCAAGAUCACGUGGAACGUGGAGAAGCAGCAACUGCAGACUUCCUCCGACAAUGCCGUGACCAGUAAGGUGUCACUCCCGGUCACCUCCGAGAUGGUACAAAGUGGAGUCAUGUGCAAUGCCACCAACAAGUAUGGCUCAGCCCAGUGGAGCUUCCAUUUGGCCAUUGUUCCACCCACCACGGCACCACCGAUGACAUCAGGAGAGAACCACGAGCUGCAAGGUGGCGGGGGAGGGGCGGUGAUCGCCGUGGUGGUGUGCGUCCUGUUGCUGCUCCUGGUGGUCGCCAUCUUGUACUGCCUGCACAAGAAGGGCAAACUCCCCUGUGGAAAACCUGGCAAGAAGGACACGGUUCACACGGAGGUCAAAAACGAUGACAUUGUCGUGGAGAUGAAGACAGGCCAGCAGGCCGAGGCCUCUGGCCUUCUGGGGUUGAACGGAGACAAGAGGCACGCUGGAGACAGGUGUUAAAUUGGAAUCUGAAGAUCAAUGUCUCGGAGGGAAGAUUGACAAGGACAAUGAUGACGAUGAUGAAGAGAGUGGGAGAUGGAAGAGAAGAUGUUGAUUCUGCUGGUGCGCUUGUAUCACCUUGGCCAUCGCGAAGCAGCUUCCCCACCGUUCAUUGACAUGGAGGGCCGGGACAUUCAAUCUCCUCGUAUUUUGUGGAUAUAAUAUAGGGCGAAUGAAUUGAGUCGGUACUCGUUAUAACAAACACAGCUUCCUGCUCGGCUCCUGUCACCACUUCCCCUCGCGUCUCUGCUCUCUCUCUCCCUUGGCCACCAUGACCUUUGGAAAACGCACCUCACCUGAAUUGGCUGAAGGCCGAGGCCUUUCUUGGAUGGGGCAAGGCCUCAUCACCGUUUCCACAGUUACGCUUCCGUCCCGGCUGGCUGUAACGCUCCCUCGACCUUUGCCCUUUACCGCCACAACCCCGGCAGCCAUGUUUGAGGCCGGAGAUUCCCACGGGUUGGGAGUCGGUGCCAGUGACGGUAGCCACGACCUUUCACCUCUGGUUCUCACUCACGGCCAGGUAGCCGGGGGCACUACACCCUCUUUCUCCACCAGUCGUCACAAACGGGGAGAGUCCAGGUGAACCGGCCCCUAAAUUGAUAAUAAAUAUGAGUGGAGCAAGGCCUCAGGAUCUGUGCCACUUGAAGUGGAAGAAGUGCCCUGGAGCCCCCAGUGGGUGGAGGUAGGUUUUUAAUUUGACCCUUGUGGGUGGAAGGUUGACUCUGUAGAGCAAACACCCAUUACACAAAGAGCCCAGUUCGAUCGAUUCCAAAGUCAGAUUGAAAAUCUAUCCCAUUCUAUAUAGACCUUUACUCUGUAUCUAACACCGUGCUGUACCUGUCCUGGGAGUGUUUGAUGGGGACAGUGUAGAGGGAGAUUUACUCUGUAUCUAACCCCGUGCUGUACCUGUCCUGGGAGUGUUUGAUGGAGACAGUGUAGAGGGAGCUUUACUCUGUAUCUAACCCCAUGCUGUACCUGCCCUUGGGAAUGAGUGAUGGAGUGCAAGUUUCUAUUGCUGUGAUUUGAAUUCCAUUGCCGAAACUCACCCACUUCGAUCAGGAAGAGGGGAGAGUGGUGAAUUUGGGGGUGUCCACCCCACCCUCAGUGGAGGGACACCUCCCUAUGAAGACGAGACCCUUGCCGGUGUGUGUGGGAGUUUGUAAUAACGAGUCACUACCGUACAUUUUUAAAGUGUUUGUGUUUCUUGAUGUUUUUCAAUGGGAGCAAAACGAGGUUAAUUUGCCCCCACGAGCAAUAUCACUUGCCAGCCCUGUUUGUUCCUCUUGCUUAGCAUGUGUUUAGCUCAAAGGGUCAUGACCUCUGGCCCCUGUGCUUAUGUCCAUGGGCUGCUCUGGACUGACCGAGUCUUGCGAAUUGUUUGGAUGGGGCUAUAAUUCCUGAGGAGAGGUCCUUGCAGCUCACUCUUUGCUCUUCCAUCGUCGCGUUGACAGGGUCUAGAGCAAGGACCAAUCCGUCCACCUUGUCUGCACGUCCUUUAUAACCCUAGUAUCUUGCAUCCGAUUGGUUGGCAAAGGAGCCAGUGAAAUGUGAGUUUGAAUUAAGCCCAUCGCCAUGGCUGUUUUGCUGCUCCUGAUCUACUUUAUCGUCCCCUCCUGCCCCACCCCACCAUCCGACCCCUCCCACCAUCACCCUUUCCGCUUCAGUCCAUCCACUCGGCUGCUCAGGCCUCUGACCUACUUUGGAUUCUGGGUAAAGUGACGCCCCCAGGGCCCAGCGUCCAAUUGCGUUUUCACCCACGAGCGGAAUCCAAUUCUGUCAACAAAAAAAAAAACCCCGGCACAGACCCC